UAUAGUCUCCUAAUACAUACCUCUUCGCGACACAUGUUUUCCUGUUAACUUGUCAGAUUCCCAGCGACACGGAUAAUAAACACAUUUCGCGAAGUAUGGAUUAGGAAAACAUAUAUUGCAAAGAGGUGUAUUUACUACGAGAUGCUUGUAAAGUGGCCGACUAAUCGUGAUGGGAAAAUCUGAAAAAGAAUUAAUAUGUAUAAGCGUCAGGGUCUUUUGAUCGCAGCAGGUGAUGAUGCAUCGCUGAUUUUCAGAUGGCUGUCGCGCGGUGGAUUCCCUGAGAGAGAGAGAAGCCGCGUCACAAACACCAAACGCCGACGACGUCUACCUGACGUUUGCCCGAGUGCGAGGCUCCAGUCUCGGAGAGAGUGGGGUUACGUGCGGCUCGUGUUUCCUCAGAGAACACGACACGAGAGAGCGAGGUGACACGUAGAGAAGCUAUUCCAUUUGUAUAUUAGCCGCGGAUUUGCCCGGACGCGACAUAUGUUCCAUAUAUGAGCGCGACAGUUGGCUGGACGAGACCGAAAGACGGAAUCUAGUGAUGGGAAUCGACGGGAUGAGGGUCGGCGGCGGCAGAUGCCCGCCUCUUCUGGUCGGAGGAUUGCUACUGGCGUGCCUCAUGCUCAUCUGCAACUGGUGGACCCUUUCGUCCGAGAACCUGGAGCUCGUCAGGCAGAUCGACGAUCUGAACGAGCAGCUCAAGAUCAGUGCUGAAGAGAGAGAUCAGUGUGUAACCUUGCGUGGUAACUUGGAACAAAGGUACAAGCAUACGGAAGAUGAGUUGGCUACGUUGCACGUUCGCUUGGAACAGCAAAUGGAUCUCAAGAAGAAGAAUGAGGAGCUCGAGGACUCUGUUACUGUGUGUAAAAGUGAACUGGACUCUUUAAACAAACUGGAUGCCACUAAAACUGCGACUCUGGAAACAUUAAGAUUAGAAAAGGACACAAUUAAUACUCAAUUAGACGUGAAGCGGGAUGAGAAUAAAAAACUUCAAGAUGAAGUAGACAGACUAAAGGGGGAGGUAGAUCAGUUCAAACUCAGUUGUAACUCGCCUCCUGAGAAGAAAGAGACUCCGAAUCUCCAGCCACCAACGACAGUGGUCGUUAACAAGCCUCACUUGCGUCUGAUACCGGAGUCUGCUGUAAGAGUAUCCGUAGCUGGUCAGCGGGGUUUGAAGUUCCACGGAAUUCCGAUCCUACCGUCAGACCCACCCGGUGCUGUGCGCCAAACUCCUCGUUUCUCAGUGACUAUGUUGAAGAAAGUUGAAACGGAAUCGAAACAAGUCAAUGGCACCUCGAACGAUGCCGCAGAGCAGGAUAUUGCAGUUGCCGACGAUUUGGAAGAUCCCGAGAAUCGUGCACGUGAUAACAAUGGAGAUGACAUUCAAAGCACAGAAGAGACUAUGCUACUUCCAAACAAUUAUGGGGAGGAGGAAAAAGCACAGGGUACAUCAAAGAAACCUGGAUAUUAAUUAUAAAACUAUAUAUCACGCAAUAUAUAUUUUAGAAGAAAAUAACUUUAGCAAUUUUUUGCUAAUGGAGCUAGGUUAAAAUAUAAUUAGGGAAAUAUAGGAUAUCUUAAAUACAAUAUUUCUGAUCUGAUUAUGAUGAUCUUUUAGUAUCAAGUGUAUUUCGCUCUCAUUUCAUUGUAUCAUACUUAAUUGUUUGUGAUACAAGUUUUUUUAUGCACAUGUUAUUAUUUUUAAAAUAUUUCUAGUUGUUUACAUUAUUGUGAGGAUAAAAAGAACUACAAAGUAAGUGUAUGUAUGUAUGUGCCAAAAGACAUAAGUUUUAUUGCUUUUUGAUAUGCAUAUAUAUUUGCAACCAUGUGGAAUUUUUGUGCAAUAAACGGAUUGAUUGGGAUCAUGUAAAGAUCUAAAAAGGAAUGCAAAAGCAUUACUAAUAUUUGAUAAGAAAAAAUAUCUUCAAUGAUUUUUUAAUAAGCCAUGUUAUGUGCCACUUGAAAAAGUGUAAUAUGUAAUAAAUUGUGAAUGUU